GCUUAUCAGCGCGGCCACGCAACCAAAAGUAAUAAUGAGUCAACCUCCAAUACAAUUGUACGAUUUUUCUCAUCCCUAAUUCUAAUCGGUUAUCGGAGGCUGGGAGAUUUUCUAUUUCUAAAACUAGCGGGAAAACUGAAGCCAUUAUCAACAGAGAAACAUGAAGGACAAGAUUGCUCUGGAGACGACAAUCAAAUGGAUACAAGAUCAAUCGAAGGGCGUGAUGGGUCGGAGAGUGGAAAGCUUAACUCUAGAAGCCAUUCAACUGGUAGAAGCUCGUAACGGCUUUGUUCGUUGUAAUUUCAUUGUUCCAACCCACCUAGCAGAUAAAGAUGGAAAUUGGCAUGCCGGAGCAAUGGCAACGUUAAUCGACAGUUUGGGGACUGCUACCGCCUUCUCUUUUUCUGGCAACGUCAAGGCCUCUCUUGAUUUCAGCCUUUCAUUUUAUUCCACGGUUAAGAUAUUGGAAGAAGUUGAGAUAGAGGCAAAGGUUGUGCAGAGGAAGGGAAAGCUUACAUCGGUAGAGGUGAAGGUCAAAAGAAAAGAUAGUGGACAACUAAUUGCUUUGGGUAAACUAUGGACAACUUCAAGUCAAGGGAGAGAGUGGAUGUUAGAGAGAGAGAGAAUGAAAUACAAUCUGCUGCAGAAGAUAAGGAGAAGGGUUGAAGAAAUAUCAAAGGAUGAGUUUGGUCACGAGUUGGGCACCAUAAUUCUUAAGGGCGGCCUUCAAGUGGUGGAAGUCCAACAGGGCUUUGUACGCUGUAAUUUCAUAAUAACAAUCUGCCAUGGGGUAAACUUUGUUUGUCCUCUUCUCUAUUUAUUUGAGUCUAUGUUAGUUAUCAUUUUAUUCUUUGUAAAGCUAUCUAAUCAAUUAAGUUAAUGCGUCGCUUAUAAAUGUAUAUGUAUAUAUGAAAAGCAGGAUAAAGAUGGAAAGUGGGAAGUGAGAGCUAUGGCAACAUUAAUUGAUAUUGUAGGGGGUUUUGCCGUAUACGCUUCAGUUGGCCAUGCCAAGGCAUCGGUUGAAUUCAAUAUUUCCUUUUAUUCAAUUGUUAAGAUUCAAGUACAAUUUCUUAUCCUCUUCUAAGAUGAGCUGCUUUAAUCUAGAAAUUCCUGUACACAUAGUAGUUUUGUGUGUUAGUUUUCUGUAAAACUUUACAUAAUGAUUAAUGGGUGGUUCAAUUAUAGAGUCAAGAGUGCUAUUAAUACCGAUUAAUCACAAAUAUGCAAUGGUAAUUAAUGGGUGCAGGAAGAAGUUGAGAUACAGGCUAAGGUUAUGGGGGACAUGAAAGUUUGCGUCUGUGCAGGUUGAAGUCAGAAGGAAAGAUAACGGGCAACUGAUUGCUUUGGCUAAGCAAUGGAUGACUUCGGCUAAUAUAAAACCAUUUAGCAAGCUUUGAGAUGACAAGUAACUUGUUUGAUCUUUAUUUACAUUUUUUUUCUUCUUCUACAACUUCAUUCAUCAAGCUUUGGAGAAAAUGCAUGUAAAGAGUGUUAAUGUAGUUCAAACUCUAGCAUGAUUUGAUUAAAUAUUACGAAAACCUUGUAAGUAAUGUCCCUAUUUGAUGACCAAUGGUUGUCAUUGACUUCAACUAUCUCGUAAAACUCGUCCAGUUCAGCGAGUCUUCUCAUUUGUUGUAGAGCGAUUGAUUUGGACGCCUCUGAUUAAGCAGUGCUAUACCAAUUAAUGGUUGUUUUUUGACCUUUUUGUGGACAACCCUAACGUUUCUGUUAAAAUCAGUAAGAUA